AUGGACCCACAAGACCUUGAGUUCAUCAACGAUUCGCUAGACCGCGACGUUGAGCUAAGAGAAAAAAUCAAGGAAGAAGUCGGCGAACUCGAUAGGAAAACAAGGUCAAUGGUGGGACUCCUAAAUAAAAUCCAUUCGACCCCCCAAGACAAAAUUCCGCCUCUUGUGGAUUCAGUGCGGCCUGGACUGCAGGACUUGCAGACAACGACCACUGCGAUAUACGAGCUCAUACCUCCAGACCAGUUCUGGCGAUGGAAAGAAAUGUGGUCCAACUCCAUGCGGAACGCAGUAUUCUGCGCGACUUUGAUGGAGUAUCUUACCAGCGGUACCCUCAUGUCGUUGGCCAGUGCUAGCGCAGCCCUUGGUAUACGAGAGGAAUGGAAGAAUCGCUUUACUCUUCCUGCUGAGGACUACCUACACGGACUUAUUACCCUGGUUAAUGAAUUGUCUCGUUUGGCGGUCAACGCGGUUACACUGGGCAAUUACGAAGAACCGAUUCGAAUUUCGAAGUUCGUCAAAGAUUUGUUUGCAGGAUUUUCCAUGCUCAAUCUGAAGAACGAUACUUUGCGACGCAGAUUCGACAGCCUGAAAUAUGACAUCAAGAAAAUCGAAGAAGUCGUCUAUGAUGUAUCACUUCGUAAAUUGGCGCAUCCAGCAUGA